AUGCAACCUCAGUGUCUUUGCGCAUACACCGGGAAGGAAGACAUACUGCAGACACGUUCUCUCUAUAACCAUACACAAACCAAAGAAGCACAAAACUGCUGGUCACUUACUGAUGAAGGUGUGCUUGCUGUAUAAUCUUCAGAAAAGCUGCAGAGAGAGGGAACAGCCAUGAGUCUGCUGUGAUAAUGGAUCGCAGCAGAGCAGACAGGAACAGAAUUCAAAGAUAUGCUAACGACAUAGAGGAACCUGAGUACGAUGUGGUGGAUAACCAGGAAGAAGUGCUUAGUGUACGCAUUCUUCCUGCGAGGCCCAUAAAUGAUGACCAAGAGUAUGCAGACAGGGAUCUCCCAAGGUCAUCAUCAGCUCACAACCUUUCAUCACUCGCCCCUGGUAACUCAAACAUCCUCCCAAGAUGUCCACCCAGAGAAACACCAUUUACAACAGCACCUGUGAUAAAUAGAGAUCUGAAGCCUGGCCGACAAAAGAUGAAAACAGUUACAGAUAGGAGGAUCCCACCUGUGCCAAAGGGAGACCAGCACUCACAAAGGAGUUUGCAAUCACCAUCACCUUUUACCCUGGAGUUGGUCAAUGUCUUGUCUGGAAUGGCUGUACAGCAAGGUUGCAGGAGAGACAGAGAGCACGGGACCACUAGAAAUGCAGAGUUUAGUUCACAUAUGAAAGGUCCACUCAGUUCUGAAAGUCUUACACACGGCAAUUACAGGCAUUCACUGGAUUUGGAGUCUCACUUAGAAAGAAGGAGCCAUCAAAGUCUAGAAAGGGUCCCAUCAAAACGCCAUCACCACGAAUGGCCUCAGACGAAAGAAGACUUUGACCAGCACGACUUUGUCCCAAUGGAAAAGCCUCAACAGACCUGUGAGGAAGAUUGGUACAUCGGGACAUGUAGUCGAGCAGAUGCUGAGCACGCCUUGCACCUGGUGAACAAGGAUGGUGCAUUUUUGGUACGAGACUGCUCCACCAACAGCAACUUUGAACCUUUGGUAUUGGUUGUGUAUCAUGAGAAGAAGGUUUACAAUGUCAAAAUUCGGUUUGUCGAGAGCACAAAAAAGUACGCAUUGGGCACAGGAUAUCGUUCAAAUGAUAUGUUUGACUCUGUGGCAGACAUCAUCAAGUUCCACUCCAUAUUUCCAAUAACACUUGUCAGUGGGAGAACCGCGAUGGGAAACAAGUACCCAGACAACUGUGUGCUGACAUUUCCUAUAACAAAAGGGGAUGUUGAACGGUUGCUACAAUAACAUGUGAACCUUGCCAACAAAGAUUUGUCAAUGUGUUUCUUGUGUCAUGUGUGUUCACAGUUCCAUAAAAACUGUAGCGCUGUCAUUCUGAGCAAGUUGGGGUGGAUGGAUUUUAUAAAAGAAAAAUAUAUAUGUUGAUCAGAAGUACCUAUAUUUUCUGAUUAUUUUGAUAAUAAUGUGCUAAUGGUUUUUCAAUUAAUUCCAUAGACAAGUGGUUCUCAAAUUCUUUGGGUCCAGUGACGCAAAAUCUCCUAUAAUCCUAAUAUCGAUUUGGCUGGUUCUGCCACAGCAUUCGAAAAUCUCCCCACACCUGCUAGUUACCAGGCUAAGAAACUAGCAAGUGUUUUCAUUGUUACAGUGAGUCACAAUCAUAUCAGUUCUUCCUGUUCCUCCAUAAUAUGGUAGCAAUUACUGGAUAUAAUAUGUUUUUGUUAUUGAAUCAAAUGCUCCCCAAUCUGUAAAAUGCACUUUUUAAUGAUCUAGCGCAAUUUAACAAAUUAUUUUACAGACCCCUUGAGGGUCCCCGGACCCGAUUAGAGACCCACUUCUCUCUGACAGAUAAUAGUGAUCUACUAUUAUCCUAAUUUAAUGUCUUCAAAUUGUAUAUUUUGUAGCAACAAUCUAAAAUAAAAAGUCUGUAACUGUACAAUUAUACAAACCAAAAAGCUGGAACCAAA